AUGAUUGGCUUUUUUGUUAAUGUUAUUAAUUAUCGCUUAAAAAUCGAUUCUCAAUUAACAUUUAAAGAAUUAUUGUUAGAAAUGCAAAAAGUAUGUUUAUCUGUAUUGAAUUAUUCAUAUUUACCAUUUCAAAACAUAGUAAAAUUAUUGUAUGGUAAACGUGGAUUAACACAAGGACAAAUGCCUUUUCAUCCACUUAUAUUUAUUUAUCAAAAUAAUGUUAUGAAUAUUAAUAGAAUAUCAUUUGCCGAUGCUGUUUGUGAACGUAUUGAUGAAGGUUUUCAUCACAUAACAAAAUUUGAUUUAGCAGCAUUUGUUUCACACAAUAUUUCUGAUGGUGGUAAAACACAUAAUAUAGUAUGUGUCUGGGACUAUGCAGUUGAUUUAUUUAAUGAAGCAACUGCAAAUAAAAUAGUUGAACAAUUUCAAACACUACUAAAACAUUUGUUUUCAACAACAACAGAAUUCAAACUCACAGAAACACCGCUAUACAAACUUUCAUUGUGA